AUGGCGCCUCAAGAAGAAAGCGCAGUUCCUCUUCUACGUGAGAAUUCGUUAGCGGAGCAAAUUGAGUCGCGGGCGGAAACGCUAACGGACGAAGCUCCCUUCAAGAUAGAGUCAGGUGAAAACACAGAAACCGAACCCACGCAAGCUUUGCAAGCCGAAGAGCAAGUAAUUGAGCAAGAUGUUCAGGAGCCUGAAGCGGAGCAAUUGGUAGACAUGAAGGACUCGCCAGCUGAGGAGACAUUGCACUCAGAAUCGAAUGACCCCAGUAAAACCGAGGCACAAGAGCCUCAGCCUGAAUCCGACUGGCUGAUCUUCGUGGCUGCAUGUCAAUCUGGAGACCUUCCCAAAGUGAAAGAACUCAUUUCUUCUGGUGCUGUUCUGGCUCAAGACUCGUGUGACGAAGGCAUCACUGGUCUCCAUUGGGCAGCCAUCAAUAAUCGACUCUCUGUUGUCAAGUAUCUAGUGGAGAAUGAAUUCUCACGAGCGGAUGUUAAUCGUUUGGGAGGAAAACUUGCCGCCUCUCCCCUACAUUGGGCUUGCAGAGGUGGCUUGGUCUAUGUUGUUGACUACUUGCUCACGAACACGAACGCAGACCCCACCCUCAAAGACUCUCAAAACUACAAUGCGCUCCAUUUGGCAGUUCUCAGCUCCAACAUUACUUUGAUUGCCUACAUCAUUUUGAGAUGUGUUGUGGGUGACAAGACCAUAUACAUCGAUGAGCCGGACCUGAUCAAGUGCACACCUUUGCAUUGGGCUUCAUACCAGGGCGACAUUUUGUCAGUCAAUUUGCUUUUGAAAUAUGGAGCUGAUGUUGCCAAGGUUGACAAGAAUUUAAUGAUGCCUCUUCACUGGGCUUUCAUUAGGGGAAACAAAUACGUUUUGUCGGCUUUGGAAGAAGCUGGGUCUGAUAUUUUCGCCAAGAAUGACACUGGAAAGGACUCCUUUGCUGUUUCGAAGGAUAUGAACUGUGAGGAACUAUGGCUUCAAAUCCUACAAGAGGCAGACCGUAAUCCUAAAAGAAAUUGGGAGAAAAAUAGCCACCUCCUACCAGUCAAGACUUGGAAAUACAUCACUUUCUUCACCCCAUACGUGGUCCUCCCUGUUGUGUUUUGGAUAUGCUCUUUCAAGCAGGGUCUUAUCAUUCCCAAGUUGUUUCUGUCAAUUUUGAUUGUUGCAGCCUCGGUCUAUUUCCUUCAGAAAGUUGCAUUUCCGAUCUAUAUGCCGAAGGAUGCUUCUGCCUUCCAGUCUCCUGUUAUGUCUGGUAUUUUCUCAGGAACUGCUUUUUGGUGUUUUGUCACCUUUUUCUUUGCAAUUCUACCCAAAGUCAUAUUCAAAAGAUUUUUCACCACAUUACUCCUCAUCCUGAGUAUUGUUGUUUUAUCUUACUGCUUCUACAAAAGUAUGACAAUUAAUCCCGGGUAUGUACCGGUUCCCACAGAUUCAAGCAUGAUCUUCAAAGACAUAAAAGAGCUUAUUGCUCUCAAAAAGUUCGAUACAGAACACUUUUGCAUCAAUACUUUCAUUCGCAAACCCCUCAGAUCCAAAUACUCUCGUGUCAGCAAACGUCUUGUUGCUAGAUUUGAUCAUUAUUGUCCUUGGGUCUACAAUGAUGUUGGAGUUAGAAAUCACAAAGUCUUCAUAACUUUCGUGUAUUCAUUGUCCAUAGCCAUUGCUUUGUACAUCAUUCUUGCAAAGAAGUAUUUUGACGUAUUCGCUGAUGCUUCUGGCUAUGACAGUGACCUUGAAGAUCUGUGUCUUUUGUUUUCUGACCACAUGUGUUUGGGUUACACAAAUAAUCACUUUGUUUUCAACAUAAUGGCCUGGAGUUUUAUUCAAAGUGUCUGGGUUAUUUUCUUAGCGUUGACCCAGUCAUUCCAGAUCUUCAAAGGCUUGACGACUGUCGAAUUCAGCAAAUUGAAUAAAACCAUGGCCGCGCCCCUGUUCACUCACUCGACCGUUCCCAGAGAUCUUCAAGAAGAUGGAGCUACUCCUACUCCUUCAGCUCCCGGCCCGCAUUCUCAUAAGCCCAAGGAUGGUGCGCUUGUCUGUAUGAAAUUACUAGGAUUGGAUCAAUUUGUUAUGACUAUCAAGGUUGCGCUUCUCUCACUUUUCGUGAAGACUACACACAAUCAUCAAUACUCUUCUAUCGAGAGUCUAGACAUACCAACUGACUUUGGAUGGAAGCAAAAUUGGCUCGAUUUUUGGUUCAUCGGGGAUCUUGAAUGGAGAAAUUUGUUUUACCUACCAAUUGACGGUGAGAACAACCUCAAUGGAAAAGUUGUUGAUUAUUAUAAACUAUAUGAGUAUCCUUCCAAGCACUCUGGUGACGAUGCAGUGUAA